AUCCAUAAUGAUUCGGUUGGUGUUGGAGGAAUUUGCGUACGUGUGGUUGAAUCGAGCCUUGAAUCUCUUUUUCAUUCUUUGCAUAAUUUUGCCCAUCUUCAGACUGAACCUAUCAUCACACCCCAAUUGCAAUUUCUUAAUACACCUGGCCUGCCUCCGCCGCCAUCUUGCGGCAUAUUUGUCUUCUUUUACCGAAUAAAGCGUCCUCUCUGGCCGGCUGCCGCAGUCGUUGGCUCCGAUUCGUCUGCUUCUCUCUUCCACAAUGUAGCGCAUUCGAGUCUACUGAUUAAUCCGCAAUGCGGCAAUCGUCUUUUGAUUAUUUCUCAAUUUUCCUUUCUUUCUCUCGGCUGA